ACCAGUGGAGAGGUUACAUUAGGAUGUUAACUUAUUUUACAUUGUGCAUUGUUACUAUUAAAAUAAAAAUAUUAAAAUUAGAAUAAAAUUGAAAGAAGAAAUGUAAACACAGCUAUGUUGGUUGACUUAGUGAACAAAUAUUUGAUUAGUGAAAAUGUAAAAGUUGGAAAUAAAAUUAAAACCUUAAAUUAUGAAGAAGUUGUUUAUUCAGAUUUUUAUAGUAACUACCUACAUCAGAAUGUACCAUGCAUUAUAAAAAAUAUAACAUCAGAUUGGGAGUGUCAAAAAAUGUGGGUGCGAACAAAUACACCAAAUUUAGAGUACUUGGAAACAAAUUUCGGAAAUGCAAGCGUACCUGUUGCCAACUGUAAUGAAAAGUAUUACAAUUCUCAUGCAAAAACAACCAUGCUAUUAAGAGACUACAUUAGUUAUUGGCAAAAAUAUAAAAAGUUUCCUGACAAUAACCAAUGCUUAUAUCUCAAGGAUUGGCAUUUUUUGAAAGAAUUUCCUGAUUAUGAGAUCUAUCGUGUUCCAUUAAUGUUUGCAUCUGAUUGGCUAAAUGAAUAUUUAUUGAGCAAGCCUGAUUUUGAUGAUUAUAGAUUUGUUUACAUGGGCCCAAAAGGCAGUUGGACUCCUCUACAUGCUGAUGUUUUUUCAUCAUUCAGCUGGUCUGUCAAUAUUUGCGGGAGGAAGAAAUGGGUCUUCUUCCCUCCAGGAGAAGAAUUGAAUUUAAAGAACAAAUUUGGUGAAUUGGUCUAUUCUGUAGAAAGUGAGCAUUUGAAGGAUAAUGCCUUAUAUCCUAAUUAUAAAAAUUUGGUGGAACCUUUUGUAUUGAUUCAAGAAGUGGGAGAUGCUAUUUUUGUACCAUCUGAGUGGCAUCAUCAAGUUUGGAAUUUGGAAGACACAAUAUCAAUUAAUCAUAACUGGAUUAAUGCAUGUAACAUUAAAAUUGUGUGGAAGGAUUUGUUGAAUAAUUUAAACAAAAUUAAGGCAGAAAUAGCUGAUUGUCAAGAUAUGGAAGAUUGGGAUAACCAGUGUCAAUUAAUACUUAAGUCCGUCUUUGGAAUGGAUAUUAAUGAUUUUCUCUAUUUUAUUUUUUAUAUCGCAGACGUUAGAUUAAAUUGUCUAGACAAUGAUGACUUAUUAAAAUUAAAUUAUUCCGAUUACUCUUUUGGUAAAAAUCAUAUUAUACAUGAUUUGUUAUCAUUAUCCCAUGUAUUAAGUUUGCUAAAAGAAAACUGUUUAGGUUCUAAGAGUAUGAAUAAAAUAAUCAAUCUGAUUGAGAGAAUAGAAACAUUCAAGUAAUUUAUAUAUGAACUAUGUUCUACAAUAUUUGUUUAAAAAAAACAUUUUCAUUUAUAUAAAUGGAAGGUGUUCCUAAUUUUAAAUGAGUUAUAAACAAUAAAAACUAAUUUCUUUUU